AUGGAACACAGAAGAUUGCGCAAAGGGCCGCUGCCUGGAGGUCGUCAGGGUGCGUCUGGAGCUGGCGCUGGACGCGACAGCAUGCGAACCGCCAGCCGAGCGCGAGGUGCUGCACCACAACCCAGCAGCCCCUCGCAUCCAUCAUACCCACCAGCUUGCUUGGUGUCAGCAGGGUCUUCGCAGACCCAGCAAUCGGCACCCGCCACUGGUGGAGUACGCCGCAUGCGAUGGACCAUCAAUAUGAAUACAAACGCAUUGCGGGCGUAUUUUAGGGCGAAAGGGGGAGAAAUUGGAGGUUUCGCGUAUCGGGCUAGGAUGCAUCGUCUUUUUACUGAGCUGGAGCCAUCUAUUACUGUCACCGAGCAAAACCUGGCAGACCGAGUUCGGUAUAUCUUACGCUCAAAUAUAUUUGAUGGCGCCGAAUUCGAACGGCUACGACGUGAGGCUGUUCCCUCAUCAAAUGAAAACGCUAAGACUGGGGGUGCGGUGCCACAAGUUGCAGAACAACCCGCACACGUGGAUGCCGCCGAGAAUACCCCAGUGGUUGCUGAUUCAAAUGAUGAUGGAACAUUCACCCAGGAACUAGAAAUAGAGCAAAAAUGA